AUGGCGCGUGAUGAACUACCAUCAAGCGCAACUACUAGCAGCACUCGUCGUCCUACUGCAGCGCGCAGACUUCUUCCUCUGCUAUACACGAUACUUGCCUCAGAAGACAUCGGGUCACGUCGCAUCCAACGGCUUCCGCCCAACGCACAAACGAUCCUGUCGCAGUGCGCUGCAUUGCACGAGUCGCCAGGCCCACCGACCAAUUUCCUGACACGAGAAACGUCGGACAGAUUCGAGCCUGGUACGCAGCCAACGCUGAUUAGAAAUGCAACGAUAUGGACGGGUGCAUGGAACGGCACGGAGGUCAUAUAUGGUGACGUCUACCUCGACAAAGGCAUCGUGAGGGCCGUCGGCCACGUCCCCGAGAAGUUCUAUGCGGGCAGGAGCGACGUGGUUAGAUAUGAUGCGGAGGGUGCUUGGGUCACUCCAGGGCUUGUUGACCUCCACUCUCAUGUCGGUCUUUUCAGUGCGCCAUUCAUGCGCGGCGCGUUUGAUGUCAACUCUAGGCACGGUCCUGUCUUACCGUGGCUGAGGAGCAUUGACGCAUUCAAUACACACGACGACGCGUUCAUGCUGGCCAUUGCUGGCGGUGUGACAUCUGUGCAGGUUCUUCCGGGAAGCGGUAACGCAAUUGGUGGCCAGGCCUUCAUGUUCAAGCUGCGUAAGACCUCCGACAGGUCACCUACGUCUAUGAUCUUGGAGCCUCCACAUAGCUUGAAUGGUACUGAAGCCGGUCGCGACCAACCUAUGCGCUGGAGACACAUGAACGUGCGGAGAGAACCUGAGGCGCUAUGGCAAUCGUAUGGAUGCAAUUUGGUCUUUCGAUCUGCCUACAACGAGGCGCGGAAGAUAAAACUUGCGCAAGAUGCUUACUGUGUCAAAGCCGAAGCAGGAUUAUGGGAGGAAAUACGGACGCUGGUGGAUGUGCUCAGGGGGCGAGUGAAGAUUGCCAACCACUGUUAUGAGGAAGUGGAUCUGGACGACAUUGUUCGAUUGACCAACGAGUUCCAAUUCCCGAUUGCAUCCUUCCAUCAUGCCUCAGAAGCAUGGCUCGUGCCUGACCUACUCAAAAGAACCUGGGGCGGAACACCUGCCAUCGCCAUAUUCGCAACCAACCAUCGUUACAAGCGCGAGUCUUACCGAGGUUCAGAGUUUGCACCGCGCGUCCUCGCAGAUAAUGGCAUACCCGUCGUGUUGAAAUCAGAUCACCCCGUUCUAAACAGUCGCUACCUCUUGUUUGAGGCACAACAGGCGCAUUACUUCGGCCUUCCUCCGCACCUGGCGCUCUCGUCCGUCACAGCGGUACCUGCGACCGCCGCAGGCAUGUCGCACCGCAUCGGUGUCCUGCAAGAAGGGGCUGAUGCUGACCUCGUCCUCUGGGACUCUCACCCUCUCCAGCUCGGCGCGACACCGCGGAAAGUAUGGAUCGAUGGUAUACUGCAGGUGGGCACAGACGAGGACGGCGUGGUCAUCGGGAAAGGCAAAGAAGGGCAUGCGUUCCGAGAAGUGCCCAGCGUUCCUAGCUGGGAUGAGGAAAGGGAGGAAGCGGUCAAGUGGGAGGGACUCCCACCACUCGAUACGAGGAAGCACCGAGGGCGCGUGGUCUUCAAGAACGUCAGGGAGGUAGUCAUAAGAAACACGGAGGCAGAGGGGGCGGGCAAGAUCACUUGCGCCGGAAAGGACUGCAGGCCCCUCGACGGACACGACGUAGAUGCUGUCCUAGACCUGUAUGGAGGGAGCAUUAUGCCGGGCAUCAUGAGCUUCGGCUCGCCGCUUGGUACCGAGGAGAUUGCGGGCGAGCCGUCUACAGGGGAUGGCGCGUUAUAUGAUCCAUUUUACGGUGACGUACCGACAAUCCUGGGCGAUGAGGGCGGUGUAGUACGCGCAGCGGACGCAAUGCAAUUCGGAACUCGGAAUGCCCUCUUGGCACACCGCGGUGGCGUAACAUACGCUACCUCUUCGCUGGAGAAGAGCAGCCUUUUCGCUGGCUCUUCAAGUAUCAUCGCUGGUCUCUCGGUCACUUUCCGCACUGGGUCUGCCCAUGCACUGGAGCAUGGCGCCAUAAUCAAGGAUGUGACCGCGCUCCAUGUGGUUAUCAGCCGCACUGCUCCCUUCGCUGCUACGAGCCGCGUGAGCAUUACUAUGAAUGGCGAGCCUGAUCAUACCGAGACGGGUCAUUGGUUCGAGAAGGCUGCCCAGGGCGCGAUUCCGUUGGUUGUUGAGGUCGCGAGCGCCGACAUCAUGGCCACGUUGCUGAAGCUCAAGGACGAGAUUGCGGAAGCUCGCGGAUCUUACAUGAAGAUGGUCUUCUUCCGCGCCACUGAAGCACAUCUUAUCGCGGGACAAAUUGCUGAAGCCAACGUGGGGGUCAUCCUGGAACCCGCGAGGCCUUUCCCUCAGACAUGGGAUGAUCGCAGGAUUUUGGCGGGUCCGCCUCUUACAAACGAUACUUCCCUAGUCACUCUCAUGGAUGCAGGGGUAACGGUUGCCGUUGGCAUUCGCGAUGCAUGGCAGGCAGUCAAUACACGGUUCGAAACCGCAUGGGCUGCACUGGAGAGCAACGGGCGCAUCACCAAAGAGCAGGCGCGUGCACUCGUCUCGACUAAUCUCGAAAAACUGCUGGGCGUACAAGAAUGGGUCGACCAGGACGGCGGUGACCUUGUCGCCUAUCAAGGAGGCGGGAUGUUCGACUUAUCCAGCAAACCCGUCGCGGUUGUGUCUUCUGGACGAGCGCUCGUAGACCUGCUUUGA